GGCUUAUUCAGUCGUUGACUGGACGUGCUGCCGAUAACAACGUUUCUUGAUUGUUUUCCACGGCUUUUUGGAUGAACAUAAAGUUUUUAAACAUACAGAGUUCUUCAUUCUUGCUCUGUGCUAGCUUUGCGUGCGCGUCGAUUGUGAUUUUAUAUACCUUUUCCAUUAUUGUGCUUUUUUAUGAAACUUACUGGCGCAUCAACAGCGCAAUCGGUAAACCAGUUCGCCUCUGCUUUAGGCGGAUGGACGGACGGACGGGCGGAUAUAUACUAUACAUAUGUAUGUAUAUAUGUACAUUGGGAAACGAGUAAUCAGUGCAGCUGUGAGUGAAUGUUGGAAUAGCGAAGCGCGUUGAAAAGAAAGAAUUUAUGCUAUGCUAGGCAUUACUGUUGCGGUUUUAAGUGAGGUUUUUUUUUUGUUUAGUGAUGGUGUAUUGAAUUAUUGUUGUUGUACACUUAGCAUACCUGUGCAAUAAAUGAAAGAAAAAAAAAACAAAAGCAAACGAUUUUUGAAACGAUUUGGUCAACAUGACAAUAAGAACAACUGUGCAAAGAAGAAUAACGAACAAAUUCAAAUUCGAUUCCAAUUAUUUCAUGCUAUCCAAACUGUUUCCGUGGCAGGUAGUUUGACAGAGUUUUAUGUAUUGUGCGAUUGCCUUGCUUUUGUAUUCCAGUUGCCGUGUCGAUGUGGAUUAACUUCUGUUCUGUGUUGAGUGUAAAAACCUGAUGUACAUAAUAAGAAAGGCACAUAAAACAGAAACUGAAUCAUAAACAGCAUACAAAAACAAAAGCAACAAAAAGUGAACUGCAGUUGAUUAAAAUCCAGCUGGAAGCUGCAUUGUUCUCGUUCUCGAUCUGCGCGAUCUCCUCUCUGCAUUCGUCUGGGGUUCGCAGUACUUUGGACAGCCGUACAGUUGUUGGUUGGGUAUCUGCUGGCUGCUGCCAGUCGCCCGUCUCAGCAAUUCUUUCAGCCUUCAAGGCAAACCAGCAGUGCGUUGACUUGGAUCUUGCAUCUUUCAACUCGGAUCUGUAUUGGAUUCUCGUUUUGCUGCAGGCGUUUAGCUGCCGUAUACCGAUUCUGUAUCUUUUUACCUGUCUGCCAUUUAUCGCACUUGCCUCGCUGCACGUAUAAACCUUGCACGGCGCGCGCCCUCUUGCCUCUUGCGCCCUCUGCGCAUCAUAGCCCUUGCUGUGUGCGCGCGAUCCAUGGCAGUCAAACCAGAUGUACCAAAAGCGUAGCUAAACCAACUUGUUGUGUGCGUGGUCUGUCGUUAAUUACUAAAUACUUGCCAAUAGCAUCAGCCGCCACACCAGCAGUACUCUGCACAAACAGGAAAACUUUGCAUCAUUUUUGUGUUAUUUUUUUCAAUUUUCUUCGCAGUGUUCUUCUUAUAGUGUUUGGUAUUUGAAAAUAACGGCAAAGAGAGCUGAGUACGUUUCGCAAAAAUUGCGCACGCAAAAUGUGAACAGUCUUUGCUUACUUAAAUUGUUUCGCAUCUGCCUUCAAUAAGCAAAAUACAAAUAAAUGAGUGAGUACAAAUGUGUAGAGCGCGCCGCGUGCAACACGCCUGCGCGCAUCCCCUCCACAGAGAAGCCAAGCAAAUCGUUCUGCUCGCUAGCCUAUCUGGCCAAGUCCACUGUCGCCAUAAAUAGCAGCAGCGAUGUAAGAAUUGUAAAGGGGCCCGGCUACAAGGCACUCAACUCUAGCGCGCCGCACACGCCGAAUGUUGCAGCUACCGCGAAAGUGAAUGAGCGCGGCUCACCUGGUUUACCGACGGGUGCGGCGACAGCAAUCAACAACCAUGAAGACAACAAUAGUCAGCCUAAAGAUGCGCCCUUGACUACGACGACGGCAAGUGCAGUCAGCGGACAGGCCAACAAGGACAAUGCGCAAGUGGAGCUGAAUGCAGGCGAUGUCGAUGCCGAUGUGUUUGGUGUAAUCAAUGAAGAGGACGCUACUGAUCCUGCUAUUGACCAGUUAGAUGGCGUCGAUGUGCGACGUCCAUGGGAACUAGGCGCACAAAAUGGCUUUGUACGCCGCAUUCCGCCCGCGCUAAUGACACCCGCAAACACACAGAAUGGCUAUCAACAUGGCCCAAAUGGGUUGGCAUCACUGUCGAAAUUGAAUAGUAUGGACUGCUGGGAUUACACCAUCGAACUGGAAUGCCUUAAUGGACCGCAAGAUUUACAACUUGCCGCGGAGCUGGGCAAGACGUUGCUCGAGCGCAACAAAGAGCUGGAGACGUUGGUCAAGGAGCUGAAGGGCACAAUCGAUGAGCAACAACAGGAAAUUGUGUACUUGAAGAAACACACAAACGCACUGCGCGAGGUCAACGAUACGCGCCUGAAGGUGUACGAGCAACUGGACAUUGGCAUACAGGAUUUGGAGCGCGCCAACCAGCGGCUGACCGCCGAGAACACAUCCGACAAGAAGCAUAUAAAGACACUUGUGCAAAACAUCGAAACGCUUGAGGCGCGUCAAGAUGAGCUCAACAAGCAGUUGGAAGAGCUGCGGCAAGUGCUCUCCAUGGAGCGGCGAAAAAACGAGCGCCUCAGCAGUGCCAAUGAGAAACGCAAUGCCGCGGGUGCGGCCAACGAGCUGAACAGAAGCAAUGGAGCGCGGAAUGGUGUCGCAGCCGAAGAGGCAAAUGCAACAAGCAAUGGUGAUGGCAGCAGUGGGGAAGUGCUGGGUUUCGAAGCCAACACCACUGCGCCUGAGAGCUGCAGUUUUGCUUUCGCCUCCGCAGCGUCGCUGGACAGUAAAGUCAACUCGACCAGCAUCGGCACCAGCCACAGCCACAGCCACAGCCAAAACAAUUCGUUGGCUCUGAGCGAUUUGGUGUGCGGCGCUGAGGACAGCGAGGAGAUUAUUAAGCUCGUCACCGAUUUGGAGAUGACGAAGAAGGCUUUCGUGGCCGAGCAGCAGCGUUGCACUGAGUUGGAGGAGCAACUGAUGGCCAUAAUACAAGAGAAUCAGACGUUGCAGAGCCGCUUGGCGAACAACAGUCCAAAUGAGGAAAUGCGCUCCAUGCAGGAGGAGCUGUCCAUAUUGGAUGAAGUGCGGCAAGGUAAAAUGUGCAGCCGUUGCUUGCGCGUGGUUGAGGAGCGCGGCACCAUCGGCGACGAGCAGUCAUCGUUGGCCCCCACGGAAGAGUACCACGAGGAUGAGGAGCAAAGUUUGCUCGAUAAUGCCAGCGAAUGCUCACAGGCCGCCUAUCGUCCGGGUGUAUCGAUUAAGGUCUCUUCUCGCAUUAACGACACUUUGGAUUUGAACAUUCCUGGCAGUCCCAAUCCGUAUCGCGAGCUUGUGGAGAAAUACGAAGCUCUCCUCGAGGUGCAAUGCUCCGCUAUUGCACGCAAAAAUAACACUACAGGUGGCGUUGGCAUUGGCUCGGGUGGCGGCAGUGGCAGUGGUGGUGAUGGCAUGUCAUUGGCCGACGAGUUUCAGUCAUCCGGCGAGUUUAGUCAGUCACAAAAGUCUUCUCAUACGCCAUCGUACGUUGCGGAUGAGGCUGUAGCCGAUGACAGCGGUGGCGCUGUGGGCGGUUACAGCUCCAAUGGCAGUGUGCCAAAUGGCGACGAUUCAGGUGCGCAAAUCUGCGCUAACGAAAGCACUGGCAAAGCAACUAUGAACAGCACAAAGGACAUGCGUGGUCGCACACCCACUGAGUACUCAGAGGCGGAGACUUCAUCUUCUGGCUAUGCCGACGAAACGAGCAACAAGUGCACGCAGACAGAGAAUCGGCCUGGGUCAUUCUUGUGCACCAUCGGCGAUGGCGAGGUGUGCAAGUUCAGCAUUUAUGAUGACGCCAGUCCCAUUGAAUCGCAUUUCCGCAAUCGACCGGAGUAUAAGGAACUAUUCAAAGAGAUAUUUGCUGUUUUGAAGAAGGCGGCCACUAAUAAGGAAGAGGGUGAGAAAUUGCCUUUGCUCGACGACUCGGAGCCCGUAGCAGUUAGCGCUAGCAACGUCGCCAAGGUGCCGCCAGUGACGCCUGCCAAUGAAGAGCUGCCAAUCGAUUUCGCUGACGAUGCACAGAGCGUCAUUUCGUCUGCGGUUUCCGAACAAUCGUUCGCCAUGUCCGAGUGCAUAACAAAGUUGGAGCGUAAGACCGCCAAGAAGCACAUCAUCGAGAAGAAUCAAGAGAAUCAGCCACCCAUGCAUGUGGGCACCUCCAUCACCACACUGGUUGUUGGCGCCAACUCGCCAAUUGUCGAAAAUGGCCGCGUUCUGACACCACUUAAGCGUGAGCCGCUCGAAUACCUGUCAGUUGGCGUGGGUAUAAAGAAGAAGAACCGUCGCAAGAACCGCAACUUUAGCGGUGAUCGCUCCGAGUCGCCAGCCACGCUGCCAUCGCCGCCGCGCUUUUUCGUCGCCAGUGGCAAGAAACGACGCGAUGUGCGCCCCUAUGUGCAAUCGCCACUGGCGAGCACCGGCGCCGAACAGCCACGCUCCUCACGCGCACGCUACGAAUGGAACGGCAGCUCGAUGGUCAUUUACAAUCGGAGCUUGAAUUCGCCUGCCGCCGCCGCCGCCGCCGCCACUCAGUCCACGCUGCGGGCUCGUGAAUUGGAUUUAAGUAAUCUAGAAUAUCGGCCAAGCUUUCUGUCCAUGGAACUCAAUCAAUUGAAGAAUCUGGAGAUGUCGUAUGCUGAGGUGCUGCGCAGCGCGGACAGCUGCAAGCACGCGCACUGCCAGUCGACGUCACACCAUCACCACCACCAUCAUAACCAACAUCAACAGCAACAGCAACAGCAACAACAGCAGCAGCAGCAUCAGUCGCAACAAAAGCAACACAAACAACAAAAACAACACCGAAAUCGCAAAAAUUAAGUCGAUAGAGAGAGAGAGCGACCGAAAACAAUGAAGGAGGAGUGGUCCUUUUCAAUAGCGAAAAGCCCUUUCCCAAUGUUAAAUCGAGUUUUUGUUUUCGCUGAAUAUCCGCAAUUGGAUCUACAUACAUAUAUAACCUAACUACAAACAGACAUUAGAACAUACAUAAAUAUGUAUAAGCGUACUAGCCCGUAUUAGUAUUUGUGAAGAAGUUUGAGAAUCUAAACGUUUUGCCCCACCCAACUAGCUAGGAAAGGACGAGAGAGGAAUAGUAGACAAAAAAAAAAAAAAAAAA